AUGGAGCACGCACCCCGCACGAGCGAUAUUGAGUUCUUCUCUAGCCUCCAUGGUAGACAGAAGCGACUAGAGCGCGGGCUCAACAAGCGGGAUCUUCAAGCCGCCGUCAAGCAUGGAACGAGACGGGAGGGCUACCCGGACCCUAAAACCGGCAAGCCGAGAUGGAUGUACACCUUGGGCAACGUGGUCUACAUCACGGACGAGACGUCAACGAGGGAGAUAACCUCGUACUACAUAGACAAGCCAGUUGUGCAGAUCCCGCACGCUCCGCUUACACCCGAGGACCUGUUCGAUCAAGAGCGAGCGAAGGAAGCACUGGCCAGGAACCCGGACUUGUGCACGUCUCACACGGUCAUCGUCGUGGACCACUCGGCGUCGAUGGGGACACCGGACGUGGUCGACCACGAGAACCGCGUGAAGGGAUGCUUUGGCAUGCUCGCCCUCAACUUCGUCGCCGGGCAGUUGGUCAGCAAGAAUGCUUCCAGCACCGACGUCGUGUCGGUGCUACUCAUGCACGACAGCGUGGACGUGCUCUUCGAAAGGGAACCUAUGAGCAGGGUCCUCUACAACCGUUUCGUCGGCAUCCACGACAAGGUCAGGCCAAGGUCGCACGGCAACUUCAUGCCGUCCCUCCUCAUGGCGGAGCAGAUGCUCAGGGAGGAUGCCAACCAGCCGGGCACCGCCCUUUCCCUCAUGUUCCUCUCAGACGGCAAGCCCAGCGACAACGCUACCGGGGUCCUACGGGGCAAUAACAUGGCAACCUCGGUGGCGAUAUCGGACCGUGUGAGCCUUAUGGCGGCGACCUUCCGCGACCGCCUCAGCGUCGACACCCUGGGCUUCGCCAACCCCGGCCAAAACUUCUCCGUCCUCCAGUCCAUGGCCAAGGCCGCCCACAGGGGAGGAGCCAAGGGACAGUUCAGCCGCCCCGAGCUCUCGUCAGCCGGCCUCGCCUCCGCCAUCGCUAGUGCAGUCUCUUCCCUCACCGACACAAAGUCUCACUUGUCGUCGACAUUGAUGGGGGCAGCGCCGGGCGCGAGGGGCGCCCGCCGGGGUCUCUCCCCGAUCCGAGAGCUGCAGAAGGAGAGCGCGGACUGCGAGGGCGUGGAAGGGUGGAAGGUGUACGUGAGGGGCGUGACGCGGCUGGAGUACUCGCCCGAGUUCUCGCACGGGAUCGAGAGGAGCCGGUGGCAGCCGCGGCGCCUGGUCUCGCCGUACGCCGACGGCAUCGCGAUCCGAAGAGUGCCCUUUGAGGAGGGCGCGGAGAAGAUCGUCUACAAGAUGCGGGAGUUCGACUCCCGAAGGAACGAGUUGAUAGGGGAGCCCUUCGUGGCGAAGUUCUCAAAGCGGCAGCAGGGGCACAGCAACCAAGAGGCCACGCACUUCGACGAGACGGCGGACAAGGCUGCCAGGGCGCUGGCGGAAGCCUCCAAGCUCGCCAACCUUUUCAACGCCGCUGUGCAGGAGGAAGUGUCGUCGAUCUACGGCAUCUACGACGACCCGAACGGCUUCGUGGACCAACGCGCGUGGGGGAUCAAGUUCCUCCGCUGCUCCAUGUACAAGUUUACGGACGACAGCGCCGGAGGCAACAUGGACGGCAGGCUCAAUAAGCGCAUCCUCGCUGAGAAAUGGCUGGAUCCGUCGGCCUACGUGAAGUGGAACGGGAACAACGGGUACGUGUUCCAUGGUAGAGGUCACGCCUCCGUACACCAACCUUCCGCGGGAACGGCAGCGGACGGCGCCACCUCCUACGCCCGCGCAGACCGCCUCAUGGCCGGCGGGACUCAGGUCUCCAUCGGUGGUGGUGGUACCGGUGCCUUUGCUGCUGGAGGAGGAGGAGGAGGAAACGCAGUGGACUACGGCGAUUGGGCGGAGGAAUACCUCCGCGGCGGGGGCGGUUGGGCGGGCGGCGGUAGCGGCGGCGGCAGCGGUAGCGGUGGCGGCCGGAGGAGCCGGAAGCGGGGCCGGGAGGAAGUCUUCGUGGGAUUUGCGCCGCGGCCUACGGACUACCUGCAGGCGUUCUCCCACUUCUCGUUCGUACGGUCGGGGCACAAGAGGCUCGUGUGUGAUCUGCAGGGGGUGGAGUGCCCCGGACUGCCGGACAACCCAUUCUGCGCAGGGGUCUACGAGCUCACGGACCCUGUAAUACACUCCAACUCGCAGAUCGCGCGGCAGCAGAUGUUCGGCCGCACAGAUCUCGGCAAAAAGGGCAUGCACAAGUUCUUCCGGACACACGUCUGCAACGACGUUUGCCGGUUACUAAACCUGCCGGGAUCGAGAUCGCCAGAAGCGGAGGUGGCUGAGAAGGCCGCCAAUGCCAAUGCCAAUGCCAAUGCCGGUGCAAGGGAAUGGGGGGGUCGGGGGGCGAAGUUCCGAAGGAUGCACAACCCAUGAAACCGCCUUGUUCCGAGUUGUGAAGGAUGGGAUCUUUACGAGGUAUAUCCAUACCGCUGUUUGCGUGAUAGAGUAAGGGAUCCCACAUCCCACACGUCUGUGUGUUGGUUUGGUCCCUUGGAGUUGGCGAGGACACCACUGGUGGCGGGAUAUUUCGCUCCGGGACGACGGGUCUGUUUUCCUCGGUCGUGGUCACGGGUACGGUUGUUGCCCACGGUAUACGGUAUACCGGAUGCGGGGGGUGUACUCAUACUCAUAGUCGUGCUUGCCGUAUUGGUCGUUUGACCGUUGACCUCGCAUAAACCGGAUGUGGGACACGCGUUAUCGUUCUCGUGAAGUUGGCGAACCAGCGGCUUUACGAUAGUACAAUACUCGGAGUACAAUUGAAGUGGUGCAUCCUCGACCGGGGAUGAUUGGAGUGCAGUUUUUUGUGUGUGUCCCGUAGUCGUUUUGAGCAAGACCACCUUGAGUCGAUCGCAGCUGCGAAACGCGGAAGACUUGGCCUUCCAGGCGCUUCAAUACUCGCUGCUCUUGUUUUUGCCGUUGUUUUCUGGGGGUACAGCAGUGUUUUUUGUACAAACGGGGGAAUGUCGUGUAAACAGCAGUGGCUACGGAUAGGUUGUUGUACAUGUUGGUUUGUAGAACAGAGAACAUGACUUGUUUUUUGCAAAAAUCUGUCCCGGCUGGAU